AGAGAAGAGAGGGGGAGGAAGAGAGAGAGGAAGAGAGAGAGAGAGCGGAAGAGAGAGAGAGAGCGGAAGAGAGAGAGAGAGAGGAAGAGAGAGAUCACAAAGCAGAAAGCUCACAGUGGAGGAGAAGCAACAGAAUAAAGAGAAGAGACUCUACAGAGAUCUGGAGAUGAAGUCGUGGAGUCGCCUCUGCUUCCUCGUUAUAGCAAUUUCUUCAAUUUCCAGAGGACAAAAUGUCAUGACUGUUGCUCCAGAUCCUCAAGGGACCCCCAGCCCGUUACCAAGUGAAACCUCCUCGUCCCCUCAGAGUCGAACAUCGGCCAACGCAACGGAUCCAACCGUCUCCACGACCGAAGCAGAAGGAACGUCGGCCACGACGGAGCGGGUUACCGGCAGCGCCGCGGCUCAGACGACGGCGGCCUCGGGCGGUGCCACGUCACCCGAUGGAGAAGAAGUGACGUCGGCAGCCAGCAGCUUGGCGACAACAGUAACAAUUGAAGAGGCGGGUCAUUCGUCCUGGGGCUACGUGAUCCUCGUAUUGAUCCUCCUGGUGAUCAUUUUUCUGUGUGUCAUCCUCUACUUUCUCAGGAAGGUCUCCAGGACGUACUCGUUUGAGCUCCAUCGCCAGGCGCCGGCCAACCAUCUGAACGAACCCAUCGGCACCUUCGAACAAGUCUACCUGGGCGACCUGGACCGAGUGACCUCCGGUGACCUUACGCUUCCUCCCGUGACCGACGGCUCCACGGCGCCGUCGGAUUCAGCCCACAACUUCUCUCGUUCUGCUCCGCAGGAACAGCCGGACGCAAGCGGCAAGGAGGCGUCGCCCACCAGUAACACCAGUCCCUCACUGGGCCGCCGCCCGGCUAGCGACACGCCCAGUCCACUGAGCUGCACCAACAUGUUCUUCCAUGCCACUGGUGAGGAGCAGAACGAAAACAACAACCCAUCGGUUUGCUCCAGCGACUCGUUUGUUGAAAUAAACCUCGAUGAGGCGGCGUUGUGCGACCAGCUCCUCACCUCCCCUGAGGCUCCUCCUUCUUCUGUCCUCCCUUUCUCUCCGUUCUCCUUCUCCUCCUCCUCCUCCUCCUCUUCAUCAUCUUUGCACCUCCAUUGACGGCAGCUCAACAUGGAGCGGUUCUGUCUGCUGUUCGCCGGUGAAAGGCCAAUAAAUGGAGGUUACUUUGGCAGCUAGCUAUCAAUCAAGGGUCCGUUAGCCCGAGCUAGCCACGAGCUACGCUAAAGAGCCUUUGUUUUAUUGCAGUUGUCUCUAUUAGUUAGUUAGUUAAGUACAAACAUAUGUUAUUAAUGAACCAGCUAUUAAAAGUCUUUUGUUUAAAUCAACACUCCCCUCAGAGCUUUGAAUAUGUAAUUACUUUGGUUUUUAUUGGGUUUUGUUGAGAGGAAUAAAUGAAAAAUAUAUUUCCCUGCUGUAAUGUUGCUUUAUUUAGUUCAAACUUAGGACUCAACUGACAUACUGACAUGUAACUUAUUGUUUUGAGAAAAGUGUUUUUCAGUGGCUUAUAGUUCCAUCUUCUCUCCAGUGAGCCGGUUAAAUAUUCAUUUUGCAUUUGCAGCUGCGGUUCUGUCGUCCUCAUUAAAAACUUGUAAAACAAGUUCAA